GUACUCCUUAUGGUAGUAAGAAACCUAGUAUGAAUUCUAUAAUUAACGUACUCCUAUCUCUAUCAAGUAUUUAUCUCCUAGUGAUGCAAGCACUUACGACAUCGAUUCAGAAGACACCAAAAAUAAUACUUGUUUACCAAAAUGAAAAUAUAUUAAUGCUGGUGCCGGUGGGGCUGAAAAAUAAGCGUGUGGAAAACAAUGCCCCAAGAAAGGUAGUUGAAGAAUGAAUGAAUCUUAUUAAAAAAAGUUGACUAUUACUCUGCUAUCUUUUUAUCUGUUAUAAUUUCAUGUGGUUAGGCUAUCACUUGAUGAAAUUUCCAUGGGAGAAAAUUUCUUCCCAUAUUCUUCUGUCCAUGAAUCACCAUCUAUAAAAGAGCUAGAAUUGGUUUAGGAAUACAUAAGCUAAGAUGGCAGAGGUGAAACUGCAUGGAUUUUGGUAUAGUCCUUUUAAUUUUAGAGUAGUAUGGGCCCUAAAUCUGAAGGGUAUACUAUAUGAGCACAUAGAAGAAGAUCGUUUCAAUAAGAGUCCUCAACUUCUUCAAUACAAUCCGGUAUACAAAAAUAUUCCAGUGCUAGUUCAUGAUGGAAAACCCAUAUGUGAGUCCAUGCUCAUUAUUGAAUACAUUGAUGAGAUAUGGCCUCAGAACUCAUUGCUUCCUACUGAUCCCUAUGACAGAGCUCAAGCACGGUUCUGGGUUAAAUAUGUUGAUGACAUGUUUACAGCAAUUGGGGCACUCCUUGAUAGCAGAAGUGAUGAAGAACGAGAGAAGGCCAAAGAGAGUAUAUGGGAGCGACUCGGAGUUGUUGAGGAUCAGUGUUUGGGAGAUCAGAGGAAAUUCUAUGGGGGAGACACCAUUAACAUUGUAGACAUAGCUCUUGGAUCUUUUGUCAAAGUUAUUGAUGUUCAAGAGGAUAUGUUUGAAGUGGUGAUCUUGCAAAGUGAGAGGUUCCCACGAUUGAAAUUAUGGUUUAAUAAUUUCAAGGAUGUUCCAAUCAUCAAAGAAAACACUCCUAGUAAAGAGAAACUGGUUGCUCUUUUAAAGCCACCUACUGAAAAAAAAUUGGCAAGGAAAUGAUGGUUCUAUGAAUUGAUAUAUACAAAGCAUUAGUAUGUCUUUUUGUUGUCUACAAUAAUAAAAGAUUAAAAUGGUUUUAUUUUAA